CUCUCUCUAAACUCUUAACUGGCUUUGCUUUAUGGCUGCUGCACGUCUUCUUCUUUUGUUCUUCUUCUCUCUCGCUUGGAGUGAGGCAUUCGGACAGAAUGUGGUGCCGAAAUCGGUGUAUGUGUUUGGAGACUCAUUGGCCGACGUGGGGAACAACAACCACCUCUCCACGCUUCUCAAAGCUGACUUUCCGCAUAACGGCGUCGACUUCUCCGGCGGCAAGCCCACCGGCCGCUUUAGUAACGGCAAGAACGCCGUCGACUUUCUUGCUGAUAAACUUGGCUUGCCAUCCCCUCCACCUUACUUGUCCAUCUCCUCAAACUCUAACAGCUCAGAGUUAUUCCUCAAUGGAGUCAAUUUCGCCUCAGGCGGCGCCGGAGUCUUAGACACCACCAACAAAGGUGGCUGUCUUUCUCUGAACAAGCAAAUAUCAUACUUCUCCGCCGCCUAUGCAUCAAUGGUGGGGCAAAUCGGAGCCGUCCAAACAGAGUCUCAUCUCGCCAACUCCAUCUUCGCCAUUCUCAUAGGAAGCAACGACAUAUUCUCCUAUCUCAAGAACAGCAAAACCACACAAUUCCAGUUUGUUGGUUCCCUCAGUUCAACUCUGCAAUUACAGCUCAAGAAAAUGUACAAUUAUGGCGCUCGAAAGUUUGUGUUCAUUGGUGUCGGUCCGCUUGGCUGCUGCCCAGCUCAGAGGAAUCAGAACAAAUCUGGAGAUUGUAGAGUUUCAGCUAAUUCUAUUUCUGAUCAUUAUAACCAAGCAGUAGCUUCUCUUCUUCAAGAUAUGAAAUUGCAGCACAACGACAUGAACUAUUCCUUCUUCAACACCUCCCUCGCUUUGUCAGAACUCAUUGAUGACAGUGCAAAUUAUGGAUUUACUGAGAUAAAGGCCGCAUGUUGCGGGCUGGGAAAGUUGAAUGCUCAGGUGGCCUGUACACCCAUCUCUCAUCUAUGCGCUAACAGAAGUAACCACAUAUUUUGGGAUUUAUACCAUCCUACAGAGGCUGCCGCCGCAGUCCUUGUUUCUCACGUCGUCGACGGGACUUGGCCGCUUGUUUAUCCUAUGAAUGCAAGGCAAUUGGAUGCAAUUUGAGAUUGGAGCAUGUUGCAAUAUAUCAUUUAUUUAGGGGUUUGCAAGUAAAGUUGGUCUCUGAAAAUGUAUUGAUGGAAGCCAACUGUGAAUGUUUGAUUCGUUGUAAGAACUGAUUGAUUCAAGCAUUGUUUUGUGUUUUUUUCUUCUUUGA